AUGGCGGUCUCACGACUCACCGAAUCUGCGAUCGAGCUUUUAUACAGGUUUCUUCAAGUGGAAUCGCCGGGAGUGCCAUGCGACUCGACAACGCGCGACGAUAAAGGAAAAGUAGUGUCCUUCAAGUCGAAGGUAGAAGUCAGCAGGCUGGGAGGUCGGUUGAGCGAAGUGGUGGGUCCCGUCGUGGAGGAGGCCAUCGAGCCAGGGGAUGCGACCCCGCUGACGGGACCCUCGAGGGAGUCCUCGGUUCCUCGAGCACCCCCGCCACUGCCGCAGCGUGUCACUACACCAAGUCCACCGAGACCACCACCCGCUACGUCUCAACAGCAUCAGAACCCGGGUCAUCCGACCCAUAAUCCGGGACAUCAGUCCCAAAAUUCCGGGCACUGUAACCCGGGUAAUUCGCCCCACAACCCUGGUCACAACCCCGGUCACAAUCCUGGUCACAACCACGGUAACAACCCCGGUCACCAAGCCUACAAUCCGGGCAACCCAGGCCACAAUCCGGGCAACCCAAGCCACAAUCCGGGCAACCCAGGCCACAAUCCGACCAAUCCCGGCCACAACCCGGGUAAUCCCGGCCACAACCCGGGUAAUCCCGGCAACAACUCGGACAAUCCCGGACACAAUCCGGGUAAUCCAGAACACAACCCAGGUAAUCCGGGACAUAACCCGGGUAACCCGGGCCACAACCCGGGUAAUCCGGGCCACAAUCCCGGUCAACAAAACCCGGAUCAGAAUCCCGCCGUCCGGGCCGAGACUCCCAGAACGGUCAGAGCGUGA